UUAAAAUAAUAUUUUGUAUAAAAUUUUUGUUGUUAAUAGAUAAUUUCAGCUUAAAAGCUAGAAAAUUCUGAGCUAUGCUAAGUAUCUUCUUUAUUGAAGAGCUCAUAGAUUCAUCUGAGACUGCUGCAUACCCUUGUUUUAAUUAUGGAUUCUAAAGAAUAUUAUCUUGUUACAUCAAUCAUCAUUGCCAGUUUUGUCCUGCUUGCUACAUCUGAUGACCAAUCCUGCUCAGCACUUUCUAAAGAAGAUACACAAACUUGUGGAUGCCAGACUAACAGACAGCAUGCUUCUCUGUCACCUGAAUCAAGAGUGAAUGUUGAUGAGUUUGAUGCUGACAAAGCAAAUGUCAACACAAAGGCUUAUGCAUCGCAUCUUAAUGACUUGGUUGUUGAAGCUGGUGUGCCAUCACUACAAAAUUAUCAAGAAAAAUCUAACUCUGAUGAGAAUUAUUCAAUGGAUAAUGGAAAGACACCCAAGUGUGAACACAAUUGUUUUUCUGAAGACCUUGUUGAAGAUAUGGUACUCAUUCCUGGUGGAAAAUUCACAAUGGGAACUGAUUCACCAAUAUUUAUUGCUGAUGGUGAAGGUCCUGCCAGAUUAAUUGAGGUGAAACCUUUCUAUCUUGAUAAAUAUGAAGUGAGCAAUGCUAAAUUUGCCAAGUUUGUUAAGGAAACAAAUUAUGUGACUGAGGCUGAGAAGUUUGGUGAUUCAUUUGUCAUGGAACUAGAGCUGACACAUGCAGUCAAGUCAACCAUAACACAAGCAGUUGCUGCUGCUCCUUGGUGGCUUCCUGUUAAAGGGACUGACUGGAGGCAUCCCACAGGACCUGACUCUAGCCUAAAAGAUGCAUGGCAUGAACCAGUGGUUCAUGUAUCGUGGAAUGAUGCGGUGGCUUAUUGCAAGCACCUUAACAAGCGACUUCCCACGGAAGCAGAAUGGGAACGGGCAUGCCGAGGAGGCAAAGAAAACAGGCUUUUCCCUUGGGGCAACAAUUUUACUCCUGCUAAUGUUCAUAGGGCCAACACGUGGCAAGGCCAGUUCCCAACUGCUGACAAUGGUAGUGAUGGGUGUGCAGGGCGCUGCGAUGUCAGCCGCUUCCCACCCAACGCUUAUGGUCUUCACAACAUCAUAGGCAACGUUUGGGAGUGGGUGGAAGACUGGUGGACUGUGGAUCACGUCAAUGGCAAGUCUCCUCCAAGCUUUGGCACUGAUAAAGUCAAGAAAGGCGGAUCAUUCAUGUGCACCGAGCAGUACUGUUACAGAUACCGAUGUGCUGCCAGGAGUCAGAACACACCGGACAGCACCGCCAGCAAUCUUGGCUUCAGAUGCGCCGCCACCAGACCAGUCGCUCACGGCUGAAAUUUCCGUUGGAGGCGAGGAAUUUAUUAGCAGUCUGGGUACUUAGCAUCAUGCACGAUUCUCUAACACUUUGGCAACUGUAAUUUGGACUUCGUUGUAAUGGUAUUUAAGUAAUGAUAUUUGCAUAAUCAAUGUGAGGCAAGUAAUUUUAUUGAGUACAAUUUGUAUACCAAAAAAUUGUGGUUAAGUAAAUUCUUUAUUUGUUUAAAAUUUUUUUAUAUUGUAUAAGCCGUUUUCUACUCCACGUUGGAAGCUUCACUUCAAGUGCCAAUCUUGGGUCGUUACGCUUGCAUGUCAAAAAUGUAUUAUUUCAUAGCAUUCCACUUAAUGGCAUUAACAAAAUUCUUGUUCUUUGAUCGAUAUAUGUUAACUUUGAUAUAACAUGUAUUAACAUCAAAGUAAUUUUGAAGGCAUUGACAAAAGCAGGAAAGGAUUAGCCAUCUAGAUUCUAUUAUUCUUAGAUUGUUCGCAUGUGUGAAUAUUUACUCAAAAAGCUGUGUUUGUAUUUGUUAUUGGAGUCUAAAAAACUCUUUUCUUGAUACAUAUAGAGUUUCUUAUUAGCGUGUGUAUAUUGAUAUAUUUCUAUAUUCAUACCAGUCAUGUGGAGUGCAUUUAAUGUGUUUUAGCAAUAAUAUUGUUGGC